GCCAUGUGGAAGACGAUUGUUUUGGUGGUCGUGUUCAUGUUCAGCCCUGGUGGCGGGAUCUUUCACUCCUUAUACAAAAAUGUUCGGGUUUCCGUACCACGUAAGGGAAACGUAGGAGAGCCAUUAUUUCUUACUCCCUAUAUUGAAGCUGGGAAACUUGAAGAAGCAAAAAAACAGAGUUUGGUUCCUCCUUUCCCUGGAUCGAAUGUGAAGAGUUACGCUGGCUACAUCACUGUCAAUAAGACCUACAACAGCAACAUUUUCUUCUGGUUCUUUCCAGCUCAGGUACAGCCCAUGGCUGCUCCAGUAGUUCUCUGGCUGCAGGGUGGGCCAGGAGGUUCAUCCAUGUUUGGACUUUUUGUGGAGCACGGACCUUAUAUUGUCACAAGUAACAUGACUGUGCGUCCCAGAGAGUUUUCUUGGAGCACCACAUUUUCCAUGCUUUACAUUGAUAAUCCAGUGGGCACAGGGUUCAGUUUUACUGACGACCCCCAGGGAUACGCAGUCAAUGAGGAUGAUGUGGCAUGGAAUUUAUACAGUGCACUAACUCACUUUUUCCUGUUGUUCCCUGAAUAUAAAAACAAUGACUUUUAUGCCACGGGGGAGUCUUACGCAGGGAAGUACGUGCCAGCCUUUGCACACUAUAUCCAUACAUUGAACCCCGUGAUGACAACGAAAAUCAACCUGAAAGGAGUUGCUAUUGGGGAUGCGUAUUCUGAUCCCGAAUCAAUCAUAGGGGGCUAUGCAACAUUCCUGUACCAAAUUGGCUUAUUGGAUGAGAAGCAGAGAAAGUACUUCCAGAAGCAGUGUGAUGACUGCGUGAAAUACAUCAGGGAAGAGAGGUGGUUUCAAGCCUUUGAAGUACUGGAUAAACUACUAGAUGGUGACUUAACAAACAGCCCUUCUUACUUCCAGAAUGUCACAGGAUGUCCUAGUUACUAUAACCUGUUACAGUGCAAGGAACCCGAGGACCAAAAUUAUUAUGGGAAAUUUUUGUCCCUCCCACAAGUGAGACAAGCCAUCCACGUGGGAAACCGGACUUUUAGUGAUGGAUCCCAAGUUGAAAAGUACAUGCGAGAAGAUACAGUAAAGUCCGUUAAGCUAUGGUUAGCUGAAAUCAUGGAUAAUUAUAAGGUACUGAUCUACAAUGGCCAACUGGACAUCAUUGUGGCAGCCUCCCUGACAGAGCGCUCUUUGAUGGCCAUGAAGUGGAAAGGAUCCCAGAAAUACAAGCAGGCAGAAAGAAAAGUCUGGAAGAUCUUUAAAUCCGAUAACGAAGUGGCCGGUUAUGUGCGGCAAGUGGAUGACUUCUGUCAGAGGAUGACAGCUGUCCCUGGGGAGCAACAGGGUGGAGAGAGCGCCAUUCUGCCCACGUGUUCCCGUCAGGCGAUGCCUGGGAAAACCAAAGGCAGCUCCAGCCAGCCUGCGGAGAUCAGGUGA